UUUCGGCACUAAAGCGUCAGAACAGUGCUAGGUGCUGGCAACAUUUUGGUUGAUUUUUAUUUGGAUAAUCGAUUAGUCAGCGAUUGAAGGAGUCAAAGAAUUACUGGUUUCUGUGUCACAAAUCUAAACGCUUUUGCUCAAGUAGUGGAUCUGAAUACUUUCCCCAAACACCGGAACAGUCAAACAUCGGAUCCUCCCUCGGUCUGAUCUGCAUCAGCUCGACACCUGGAAAUCUCGGACUUCUUCUUAGCCAAUCAGAGCUCCCCCUGCUCCCUGCACACAAACCCCUCAUGAAUAUGAUACUAGGAGAAGCUCGGUGAUCUGCUGAGAGUUGAAUCUGUUGUUUAAAAACUGUACUGACUUCGUAUUUGCAGAGAGAGGUUGGAGGUUUUCCCAUUCACGUCAAUACAGUCAGACUUAAACUAGUGGGCAUUAGAGGAACUGCAGCUGAAGAUACUGGUCUCAAGAUGUUUUUCUAGCCUCCUGCUGAGCUGGUUUCUAAUUUUUCUCUGUUUUUAAAGGAGAAACUUUUGUCUUGUGAGGUCGAGUUUGUCCGAUGGCGCGUCACAGUAAGCUGCAGAAGCAGGUCCUGGCUCUGUACCGGCAGUUCCUCCGGGCCGGUCAGGACAAACCGGGCUUCAUACCCCGAAUCCGAGACGAGUUCAGGGAGAACGCUCGCAUCAAGAAGACGGACGUGAUGUACAUCGAGUAUCUGUACCGGCGAGGACAGAGGCAGCUGGAGCAGCUGAAGGACGUCAACACCAAACAGCUGGGCUCCUUCUCCAAACCCAAAGACCAGAGCUGACCUCUGGCCCACACCACGUCAUUUUGACCGUGAACAACGCCAACAAAUACCUCCUAAAGACUUUGUUACUACCAAAAUGUCAUGUUGAGAUGCUGGGCCCAAGACCAGUUGCUCAGAAUGAAGAGAACAUGCAAUGUGAAACAUAAAAUACUUGUUUUGGACAUUUGGAAAGAAAAUAUUUAAGCGCAACAUUUCACUGUCUCUGGUUGUGUUUUUUUUUUUUUUAUUAUUAUG